AUGGACCGGCUCCGAUCGCGACCGCAGCUGCCGCUGACCUUUCUUCGCCUUAGUAAUGACAGCGCUAUCCCCGUCUUCGCCGGACUGUGCUUCCUCGGUACGCUGUUCGUCCUCGGUACUGUGGGAAAGCUGGCGUUUGAGCUCGUGCGAGGCACCAGGGAUCCGCAUCGUCAUCUCUUCGGGAAGACCGGAGUGAAACCGCUCUUCGACGAGGAUUUAGUAUUCGACAUCGGCAUCAGCGUCUUUGCCCAUAAACCCAUCGACGAGAACAAGUGGCCCGAGUGCAGUGCGCUCGGCGAGGUGCAAUGGUAUCGGCAGUUGUUCAGGGAGGAUGGCGGGCAUGACUCCGAGUCUGAGGAAGAGCUUCGCCUUUGGAUGGCUUAUGGAGAGAUGUCCUCAGUGGCCUAUAGGAGGAAAGGAGGCAUGGGAGGACUAUCAUCGUGCCAGAUCUUGCAUGUCCCCGAGACGGAAGAAUUGUGGAGCGGCGUCGUCGCCCACAGCCUGACCAUACGCAACAGCACGGUGAAGGCGACAGUUGAUCUCGACAUCCCGGAGAAGUACCUGGUGCUGCAGGCAGCACAGACCGCGAUCGGAGUUAUGCCUGAGCAAAACAGGAGGAAGGACCAGGGGGGCGACAUCCCUGUCGAGAGCGCUGACAAUGCUCGCAAGGUGUUUCUGGAGAGUUUGUCCAUCCGCGUCCCACUGCUGGAGAUGGGUUCCUACUUCGCAGACGUAGUCAAGAUGGUCCUACUCAAAAGAACCUCACAUAUGGAUUACACGGGCUUCACGGAAUGGGGCGAACGUGUGCUCUCGGACAGCGAGCAGACCUACGACUCUAUGGGCCAUUGGUAUGCCGGAUACGCGUUCGGCAAGCCCCUGUUCAAAGAGGGAAGUGAAGACGAAUACGAGUGGGCCGACUGGGAUAGGCGCCGAUACCCGCCAUUCUUCACUGUGCCCAAACCUACCCCUCAAGAAUAUACCGCAAUCCGGCACGAUUCCGCUCUGCGUCAUUCGGUUCACUUCAGUCUCUCUUUGAUUGAUGAGGUGCGACUGGGCGUGCUCCUGGCUAUGGAGCAGCCGCGUGACCCUUGGGAGCGAAAGAAGUAUAUCCAACAGGCGCAAGACCGACUCAAGCUCUCGCACGCUAUGCUGGGGAUCGGGCCACGCUUGGGGGUUGGUCUCGGUAUUACCAUUUCUACACUGUCGGAAGGUGCACGAUAUGCUGCUACCAUCCUGACUGUACUGUACUGGGCGACCCGCCGCACAGCAACAGGUAUCAGCCUAAGCGGUCUGACGUUUGUGGUGUCUGGCAGUAUCCUGCGCGAUAUCGUGGGUACAUGGGACUACUACAGGUAUACGCUGAGGGACGGCAUCUUCUGGUUGGCCAUUUGGCCGAUCCUGUUCUUUCCUGCAGUCUUGCAGCUGCGCCUGUUAUUGCCCUUCGUGGCCGAGAAGGAGAGGGAAAACGGACCUGGGGAGCCGACCGCCUUCCGCAUCGUGCAAGUUCCACUAACAGCUAGGGAGCGGCGGAGUGCUCGGCUUAGCCCAACCUGGCGGGAGAUUGCUUGCUGCACCGCUCUUCUGGCAUGUGCGACGUAUGCGGCAUACUUCUUUCCUAUCCGGCUCAUCGGGUCUUCUCACGGCGAGUACUGGCAUGACAACUACAACGCUAUUUUCCCGGGUACUCGGGCAUGGCAUAAGGGCAACUACGGCCCGUACUUCCUGUUCCGGAAAAGGAAGUUGCUUCCUUUGGCCCUCGCGCUCGUCUCUGCCGGUCAAAUUUCGCAACUCGUCAUGAACUAUCGUUCCGGUACAUUUGCGGGUAACUACGCCCUCAGCUGCUACCUCAGGGCGUUCUCCCUGAUUGGUUUGAUCUCCCCAUUCCUUACCGGCAGCUCUUACUUUGAGGGGUUGUACUUGAGUGCAGUUGCACAAGCAGGACUGGUGUUUGCUGAGGCGUGGCAGGCCCGGAAGUACCCGCGCGUUGAACAGGAGAUUGAAGAGGAGGAGAUGGAGCUGUAG